GACGCCGCUGCAGUUAGUCCGAGCCGCUCGCCGUGUGUUCUGAUUCUGCGGCAGCUUCAUCUGCCCUUUUGUCACAGGUCAUCUGAGACUCGCCCUGAUCUAAUAUUUGAGAUUCUAUGCUGUCUAAAGCGUAUCGAUAACUCGGGAUCGAGAGUAUUAUUUGUUUGGAUCCCAGGACACGCUGGUAUUUUGGGGAAUGAGGAAGCUGUUGUCCUGGCUAAAAAGGCACUUCAGAAUGAGAAAAUAGACCUUGUCGUUACACUGGCGAAGCAGGAAUGCCACAGUGUCUGUAAGCAACACUGGUUAAUAAAUGGCAAAAAGAAUGGGAGGGGGAACGGCGGGGCAGGCACUUUUUUUGCCUGUCAGCCGUCAAUACAAAACAGCAGGAAUGGUGUGUCCAGCUGCAGAAGAGACGGAGUAGUCUUAACGAGGUUGCGAUUAUGGCACUGUGGAUUGGCUGCGUGCUUAUUUAAAAUCGGGAAGCACCCCAAUGUCCUCCGCAACUGUGACAGGCCAGAAACCGUUAGACACACAUUGUUGUCAUGCAGCACCUACAGCAGUGAGAGGAGGCAGCUCUACAAGGAGCUAGCGGACCUGGGACUUGUAACCUUUUCGCUCAAAGCUAUUCUUUCUUCGGAUAAUAGUUUAGUAGAUUUAGCUCUGUUAAACUUUCUUCGCCGCUCCGGCCUUUAUCUGAGAAUCUAAUAUCUGUUAACGACGGUGGAGGGCAGCAUUGCGCAUUGCAGCGUGUAGCCUGACGGAAACUAUUAGAAGAAGAAGAAGAAGAGGAGCCGCCCGCCGCCAUCGAGCGACGAGAUCCACCAACAGAAUGGGGUUCACAUGUGACCAGUGUGGAAAGGUGUGGCCAACUGCUUCCGUACUGAAAAGGCACUACAGAAUCCACACGGGAGAAAGACCAUACAGCUGUGACCAGUGUGGGAAGGAAUAUACACGCCCCUGUGUUCUCCGUCAACAUAUGAGAAUUCACACUGGGGAAAAACCAUACGAAUGUGAUGUUUGUGAAAAGACAUUUUCACAGUCAAGUACCCUUGUAUCACAUAUGAGAACUCACACAGGAGAGAAACCAUUUGAAUGUGACCAGUGUGGGAAGACAUUUGUACAAUCUGGUAAUUUCCGUAAACAUAUGAGAACCCACACUGGGGAAAAACCGUACAGAUGUGAUGUUUGUGAAAUGAGAUUUUCAGAUUCAAGUCACCUCAUAUCACAUAUGAGAGUUCACACUGGAGAGAGGCCAUACAAGUGUGACCAGUGUGAGAAAAGGUUCUCUACAUCAUCCAAUCUCAAAGCACACAUAAGAACUCACUCCUGGGUCAUAGUAUAUGAGUGUGACCAGUGUGAAAAGGCUUUUAAAACAUCCCAGCAGCUGUCCAGUCACUACAGAACGCACACAGGAGAUGAACCGGACGACUGAAGAAAGAGGGGAAGGCUUUCAGGUCUGUGAGGAGCAUGUCCAAAUCUUCCAGAUUGAAGAGAAAAGCUGUAGCUGUGACCAGUGUGGAAGGACUUUGAGCAAACCUGCUCAUCUGAAGCUGCACCCUCUUGAACACACUAAAGGAGAAAGAGCUGCUGAGGCUGGAUCAAUUGAGCUUAAAGUCAGACUCAAAGAGUUGGAAAUCAGGCUUCAGAGACUCCAGACUGUGGAGUUGACCUCUGUGUAGUGUCAAAAUUUAAAAGCUUAAAAUGGUAUGUCAAGAUUUUAAUUGUUUUUAUUAGAAAGUAGGGCAGCCGUGGGGUCUUAAAAGUCUUAAAAAGGUCUUAAAUUUCGUGUUCCUAAAUUAAGGCCUUAACCCUUGUGUUAUCCUCAGGGCCCAUAGAUAUAUGGGUCCAUUUGACCCAGUCACAUGACAGCUCUGUGAUGUGGCCUUACUCUGUUCUUCCUGUCCCUUGUGUUGAUGCUCUUUAUUUAUUUGGAAACUAUUUUAACCUUAUAGGGGUAAAAUGUACCCCUCUGUAUCCCUUUGAGGAUAGUACAAGGGUUUUUAAAAAGUCUGAAAUUAUGUUUUCCAAGUCAAAGGUCUUAAAUUUCAUUAAAUUGUUUUUUUUAUACUCACCCGGGCUGUUCAGUGGAAGCAGGAAAAAAAACAACAAUGUGAAAUCAUGUAACGUGAAUGAAUGUCUAAUUUGGAGCAUGCGCAAACAAUAAUUUGGUUUCUAGCGCCGGUGGCAAUGAGUAAACAAUCAGUAGAGUGGAGGAAGACGUUGGAUGGAUCAUGGGGAAGUGCAGGUUUAAUCCACAGUGGCUUUUAGAUUCUAGAUAUAGUAGUUGGUUGGUCAUUAUAAAAAUUGGAUCUGGAGUUUUUCACCUGCAUAUAAUGGGUGCAAUAUUGGUCUUAAUUUUCAUUUGAAUGGUCUUAAAAUGGUCUUAAAAAAGUCUAAAAUUUAGAGUAGUCAAACCUGAGGAUACCCUGGAAGGAGGUUUUAGGAGAAGUUUGUCCAUCUUAUUCUUCACUGUUUAUAAUGAAGAAUAAGAUGGACAAACUUCAGCUCAGGGGUGGUCCCUCUGUUGAAGAAGUAUAUUUUUCACAAAGGGAAGAGCUUUUGAGAUAUCUGAUAAAAAUUGAUUGAGACUUUUAAGUUGAGAUGUGACAGGUAAAGAAAAAGGAAAACUCAAGCUGCUGCAGUUUUUUUUCUGAAAUAAAACCCUUUGUUUUAAGAUGCACAAUUCAGCCAUUUUAUUUAUUUUCUCUAAUUCAUUUUAAACUGCAGCUCUGUAUAUAAUGUAGACCUACUGUGUGUUUCAGUGUUAAAAAUAAAUUUUUGUUGAAAUGUU